AUGUAUGAAGAUGAUAACAUCACUUCUACUCCUAAGCGUUAUGCCUUGUCUGAAGUCACAAAUGCAACAAGCUAUGUAUCGCCAACUGCUAAUCUGAAGUUAUUGACCAAUGUUGCUUUACAAUACCCCACGCCGCCUCCGAGUACAGUGCAUCGCAAGGAAAAGUCCUUACAAAUAUUAUGUGACAAAUUCCUAAAUUUGUAUCCUCUUAAUGGAAAUGGAACGGUUGAGAUACAGUUGGAUAGCACUGCAGCUAGGUUAGGAGUUGAAAAACGUAGAAUGUACGAUAUAAUUAAUAUAUUAGAGGCCAUGCAAUGUGCAGUACAUAAAAGGAAGAAUACAUACUUAUGGCAUGGUGGAUCUAGACUGAAUUCUUUUUUAAAAAUGCUAAAGAAGCAAGGAGAAAAUCUAAGGUUGUCUGAGGCCCUCAGGGGAAGAGCAGCCAAGCCACCUGCACCAAAGCAUAAAACUCUUGGGGUUUUAGCUCAGAGAUUUUUGAUGCUUUUCUUAGUUGAGCCACCUAACACUCUUAUAAAUUUAGAAAUGGCUGUCAGUGUACUUAUUGACUCAUCAAAUAAAAAUAAGUCAAACCUCUCUCCAGAGCAGUUAGAUCGGCAACACAAGUCAAAAGUGAGAAGACUUUAUGACAUUGCUAAUGUAUUUAUUUCAAUUGGUCUCAUUGAAAAGGUAUCGGGUAAUUUGAUAUUAAAGAAGCCAGUAUUUAAGUACGUCGGGCCAUUUAAACUGAAGAAAACUGAUAAAGUUGUGCUUAACACACUGUCACCUAUCACACCUCUUUCAGUAUUAGACACGCAACAACAAAUGACGCCUUGUCAUGUGUUUGCGGGAAAGUCUAAACGAAAAUUAGAGUUCACAACGCCAAGCACCGAUAAGCUAGGUGUAACGACCCCACCUCAUACUCCGUCGCACAAGUGGGAUGAAAUUCUACUAGUUGCUGAUAUGGAACUUAAUAGAAUCAAUAAUGGCGUCACAGUGUGACUCACUUUUAAAGUGUUAAUAUGACACAAUGUCCACAA